ACAGAUGAACAUGCACACAAUUUGUUGGGCGAGAACGCUUUGUAUGGUGAAUCUUCCUCCAUCUCACUUCAAUUAUAGUUAUUGGUCUUUUUCCAUAACAUUUAUCCGGUUAUUUAAUUUUUAAUAUUUGGAUCGCUAACUAGUCUGCCUUUUGUUCGGUUUUUAUAAUAUAAUUAUUUGAGAUGUUGUCCAGAAAUACCCUCAAGUUCUUAUAUUUGAGUUUCUUCGUUAUCUCUUGCGUUAAUGCCGCAAAAGAAGAAGAGAAGAAGAAGGAGAAAAAGGAGGAUCUUACAGUUGAUGUUACCCUUUCGUCAUGGGAAAAUGUUACUUCUACUCCCGAGGCUGGCGGUACAUUAUUGAAAGCCAAUGAAGGUUACCGUUUCAAGACACUUAAGGUCGGCGACAAGACUUUGUACAACGUUGACACCUCAAAAUACGAUGCAGUACACCUAUACAAACUUACCCAUGAUUCUGAUGAAUGGCUAAAGCUCCUUCUCCACCCAGCCAAGCCAGUGAUGUUCAAGAAGAAGUCAGACAAGGAAUAUUCCGAAGUCAAAUUCGAAACCUACUAUGAUGAUGUCUUGUUCAAGGGGAAAUCAGCCAAGGAACUCGAUGCUUCCAAGGUCACUGAUACUGGCUUGUUUACCCAAGAGAGCUUCGGCACUGGGAAGAAGUACACCUUCAACAAUAGCUUCAAACCUUCCAAGGUCUCAUUCGACAAAAAAGAUGUUGGAAAGCCCGACAAGGCCAAGUUCCUCGACGUUUUCGUCUAUGUCGGCUCUGAUGACAAGAAGGUUGUUAGGCUCGACUACUUCUUUGGUGGUGACUCAAGGUUGAAGGAGGUCUACUUCGAGCUUAAAGACGACAAGUGGGUCAAAAUGGAACAGAAUGACGCAAACAAGGCAUUGCAUGCCAUGAGCGAUUCAUGGAAAUUGGACUACAAACCAGUCGUCGACAAGUUCUCUCCCCUUGCAGUCCUCGCCUCAGUACUCAUCGUCGCCGCUUCAGUCUUUUACAACCUUUAAAACCCAUGUGCGUAACAACUUAUCAACGUUUAAAACAAUAUUGAUAAUUUGUAUACAAUUACAGCAGCUAACUAACUUAAGUCAUUUUAUGCCACUUAAUUUCAUACCCUUCGA